GUGUAGAGUGCAGGCGGGCUUCGCCGAGAAAGCCGGACUCGGCCGGCGCCGGGUUCUGGGAUCGCCGCCUGCAGCCAUGACCCUAGCAGUCCGUCUCUCUGCCUCGGCUCCAGGCGUCUGAUACCCCUCACAGUCUCGUCCAGCUUCUGGAGAGGCGGCCGCUGCCCUCUCGUCGCCCUUGGCGCCUUACCGGACUCCCUAUCCGGAGCUGGAAGCAGCGCGGCCACCGGCGCCCCCGUGCAAACUGGGGGUGUUUACUGGAGCAGUCCCCGCCGCUGCUGCCCGCGGCUCUGGCCAUGGCCUGGCGGGGCACAGGGCCGAGGGUCCCGGGGGCGCCUGGAGGCGUCAGGCCGGGGCUGCUGCUGCUGCAGUUGCUCCUGCUCCUGCGGCCGGCACUGGGCUUCGGGGACGAGGAGGAGAGGCGCUGCGACCCCAUCCGCAUCGCCAUGUGCCAGAACCUCGGCUACAACGUGACCAAGAUGCCCAACCUGGUGGGACACGAGCUGCAGACGGACGCCGAGCUGCAGCUGACAACUUUCACACCGCUCAUCCAGUACGGCUGCUCCAGCCAGCUGCAGUUCUUCCUUUGUUCGGUUUAUGUGCCAAUGUGCACGGAGAAGAUCAACAUCCCCAUUGGCCCGUGCGGUGGCAUGUGUCUCUCCGUCAAGAGGCGAUGCGAACCUGUCCUGAAAGAAUUUGGUUUUGCCUGGCCGGAUAGCCUGAACUGCAGCAAGUUCCCACCCCAGAAUGACCACAACCAUAUGUGCAUGGAAGGACCUGGCGAUGAAGAGGUGCCCUUACCUCACAAAACCCCCAUCCAGCCGGGAGAAGAGUGCCACUCCGUGGGAACCAAUUCCGAUCAGUACAUCUGGGUGAAAAGGAGCCUGACCUGUGUUCUCAAGUGUGGCUACGAUGCUGGCUUGUACAGCCGCUCAGCCAAGGAGUUUACGGACAUUUGGAUGGCGGUGUGGGCCAGCCUCUGUUUCAUCUCUACCACCUUCACCGUGCUGACCUUCCUGAUCGAUUCGUCCAGGUUUUCCUACCCUGAGCGCCCCAUCAUAUUUCUCAGUAUGUGCUAUAAUAUUUAUAGCAUUGCUUAUAUUGUUCGGCUGACUGUAGGCCGGGAAAGGAUAUCCUGUGAUUUUGAAGAGGCGGCAGAACCUGUUCUCAUCCAAGAAGGCCUUAAGAACACAGGAUGUGCAAUAAUUUUCUUGCUGAUGUACUUUUUUGGAAUGGCCAGUUCCAUUUGGUGGGUUAUUCUGACACUCACUUGGUUUUUGGCAGCAGGACUCAAGUGGGGUCACGAAGCCAUUGAGAUGCACAGCUCUUAUUUCCACAUCGCAGCCUGGGCUAUCCCUGCCGUGAAAACCAUUGUCAUCUUGAUUAUGAGACUAGUGGAUGCUGAUGAACUGACUGGCCUGUGCUAUGUUGGGAACCAAAACCUAGACGCCCUCACUGGCUUCGUGGUGGCUCCGCUUUUUACUUAUUUGGUGAUAGGAACUCUGUUCAUCGCAGCGGGUUUGGUGGCCUUAUUCAAAAUUCGGUCGAAUCUUCAAAAAGAUGGGACAAAGACCGACAAGUUGGAAAGGUUAAUGGUCAAGAUCGGGGUUUUCUCGGUCCUGUACACAGUUCCUGCCACAUGCGUGAUUGCCUGUUACUUCUAUGAAAUCUCUAACUGGACGCUCUUUCGGUAUUCUGCAGAUGACUCUAAUAUGGCUGUUGAAAUGUUGAAAAUUUUUAUGUCUUUGCUCGUGGGCAUCACUUCAGGCAUGUGGAUUUGGUCUGCCAAAACCCUUCACACAUGGCAAAAAUGUUCUAACCGGUUGGUGAAUUCUGGGAAGGUAAAGAGAGAGAAGAGGGGGAACGGUUGGGUGAAGCCUGACAAAGGGAAUGAGACCGUGGUCUAAGACUAGCCAGCUUCUACGCUCUCCUCAUGUCGGAGGGAAUUACGCGGUGAAUCUCAGUUUGAACGAACUAGAAAUGUGUUAGCACCCCCACUGUCGGCCCAGCACCCCUCACCACACCCAGCCUCAUAAAAGCGAUGGUUCCGCUGCAGACAUUGGAACGAUCUAAGAUGGGAAGCCCGUGAGAGGCUUUCAAAGCUGUGAAAAAUCAAAAUGUUGAUCCCUUUAGCAGGUCGCAGCUCUGAGCGCUGAAGUCCUGCUUAAGUUCCCUGUUUACCCCUGCUGGGUGGGAUUUCGGCUGUGAGUUGAGAACUCGCAGGGAGAAAGAUUAAUUUUUUUUAAAAAGAACUUUUAAAUUUUAAAUAGUAACUAGGUCUUUCAGAUAGCCAAGUGAUCUAUAAACACUGGAAACACUGGGGUGGGAGACGUGUUGCAGGGUUUGAUAGUUUGGCUGGUCUAACAUAAACAUCGCGUGGCCUACACGGUCGGCUGUUUGGAACUCUGGAGCGCACUCCCAAGAGGUGGUGUCAAAAUCCUUCAGUGCCUUUGUCGUAAAACAGAAUUGUUUGAACAAACAAAAGUACUGUACUAACACACGUAGGUAUCCAAUGGAUUUUUUCUCUCUCUCUCUCAAAUUUCAGCAUCCCUAUUCUAGGCAGCCCCUCCCUCUUUUCUUCACUUUACACUAAUGACUCAAAAAAAAUUAUUUUUAUAGGAAUUUUUUUGCACUGCAGCAUGCCUAAUGAGGGGGGAAGGAAGGGUGAUUCACUUUCUGACAAUCACUUAACUCGGAAGAAAACGAGAUUUACUAAGUUGACUUCCCUUCCCGACCCCAGAGACCCAUUGCGUUAAGUAAUGCUAAGCAAUUGGGACUUGAAAUAUUUUAGUUCGUGUGAUUGCAUCUAGGCAGACGCCAGUCUGGAAGAACUGAAAUGUUAAAUUUCUUGGCAACUCUGCAUUCACACAGAUUAACUGUGUAAUUUGUGUGUGUCAAUUACAAUUAAGAGCACAUUCUUGGACCAUGACAUAGUAUACUCAAUUGACUUUAAAACUAUGGUCAGCUUACAUCCGUAGUGCGAUAGUGCCUUUCUCCCCUGUAGCAUAAGAAUGUUAUCGGAGUUGGGUCUACUUACCACAAUGGAGACUUAUUCAGCUUUGCAAAGGCAACUUAAGGACAGCAGAUCUAAAUACCGGGUGCAUAAUUGUUCCUUAGUAAUUGGCAAAGGCUCCUUAUAAGAUUUCAUUAGAGCUGGUGUGGCCUGGAACCUAAUGAAUGGUACCUAAUGAAUCUCCAGAGUGCCAGCCAGAAGCUGGAUUGGUUAGCAAGGGAUAUGGUAUAGACCAUAUGAAAUGAGCUGCAAGGCCUAACAGCAGCACGGGUCUUAAUUGCCUUUGCUGGGGUAUCCAAAGCUUUUAAAAUUUAUGCUUUAAGUCCCUCACAAGGGGGUACCCGCUAGCAACCUAUCAAAAGUUGCAGUGUCUUUACAAUUGUAGCUGGCCUUUUUCUUAACCUGCCUUAGGCCUUUUAAUCACCAGAUCUCUGGGACAAACUGUUGUACAUGUCACAGGUCGCUCUCCUCGUGUUUUCUUUUUUCUUUCUUUCUUUUUUUUUUGGUUU